AACUGAAAAUGAUCCGCGUAGCUUUAAAAACGUCGAUUGCAUUGCAUUCCCUCCUAAUUGCCGUUUGGUGAGCGAGAAAGCAGAGUGGGAGAAAGAGAAAAUGACGGAAGGUGAAGGAAAGAGCAAGAAAAUGGCCACGGAGGAGAAGAGAGACCGGACAAACCUACUCGCUCUAACCGGAACAGCUGCACUGCUCGCUCUCGCGGUCAACCUCGUUGUCUCCGCCUUCAACUCCCACAAGAAAAGGACAAAGAAGAAAGAUCUUCCAGGGUCUAGUGUUCGUGCUAAUCUCUCGGCGUCGGAGAUUCGCAGAUUGGCUGACCGAAUCAUUGCGAACUCUAAAGUGGUUCAUGACAGAGUUGCUUCUGUUCCUCUCGACAAGGUUACGUACACGAACGUUGUUUCGCCUCUGGCAGAAUUAGAGGCACAACUGUUUCCAAUGAUACAGUCUUGUGUGUUUCCGAAGUUGGUGUCCACUUCGGAUGAUGUGCGCAAAGCGAGUGCCGAAGCUGAGCGGAAAAUAGAUGGUCAUGUUCUGGUUUGCAGCAAGCGUGAAGAUGUAUACCGUGUUGUCAAAGCCAUCGCUGCAAGGGGGGAGUGGAUGAGUGCUGAAGCUAAACACUACAUUCAGAGACUGGUAAGAGACUUUGAGCGGAAUGGUUUGAACCUUACUGUAGCCAAGAGAGAGCAAAUGCAGCACUUGAAAGAUCAAAUAGAUGAGCUAAGCUUGCGAUAUAUAAAAAAUCUGAAUGAUGAUAGUCCUUUUCUUCUCUUCAGUGAGGCUGAGUUAGCUGGUUUACCGCCAGAUUUCCUCAAGGGCUUAGACACAGCUGAAAAUGGUAAAUUCAAGGUCACUCUAAGAAGUAAUUUUGUUGCAGCAGUGCUGGAACUUUGCAAGGUAGGAAGGACAAGGAAGAUGGUAGCUGUGGCAUAUGGGAGGAGAUGUGGAGAAGCCAAUCUUUCGGUCUUAAAGAAUUUGGUCCAACUGCGCCAUAAAUAUGCUCGGUUACUUGGCUAUUCAAACUAUGCAGACUAUGUUGUGGAUCUUAGAAUGGCGAAGACACCCUCAAAGGUAUUUGAGUUCUUAGAGGACAUCUCCAUCAAUUUAACUGACUUGGCGACUAGAGAACUUAAUAUCUUGAAAGACUUAAAGAAGAAAGAGGAAGGAGAUAUUCCGUUUGGAAUGGAGGAUCUAUUAUACUAUAUAAAGAGGGUCGAAGAACAGAAGUUUGAUCUUGACUUUGGAGCUCUUAAGCAAUACUUUCCUUUCAAUUUGGUUUUAUCUGGGGUCUUCAAAAUUUUCCAGGACCUUUUUGGUUUAAGGUUUGAGGAAAUUUCAGGUGCUGAGGUUUGGCAUGGUGAUGUUCGUGUUUUCUCAGUUUUUGACUUAAGUUCUGGUGAACUCUUGGGUUACUUCUAUUUAGAUAUGUACACAAGGGAAGGAAAAUAUGGUCAUACCUGUGUUGUGGCUCUUCAAAACGGUGCAUUAUCAUUAGAUGGUGCGCGGCAGGUAGCAGUGGCACUACUGAUUUCUCAAUUUGAAAAAGACAUUGGUGGUCAUCCUGGGCUGUUGCGAUUCUCUGAAGUGGUUAAUCUUUUCCACGAAUUUGGACAUGUGGUCCAGCAUAUUUGCAAUCGUGCAACAUUUGCUAGAUUUUCUGGGCUGCGUGUAGAUCCUGACUUCGUGGAGAUCCCUGCUCAGGUGCUAGAAAACUGGUGUUAUGAGAGCUUUGCUCUGAAGUUGAUAUCUGGUUUCCAUCAGGAUAUCACAAAGCCCAUCAAGGAUGAGAUAUGUAAAUCACUCAAAAGAUGGCGACAUUCCUUUUCUGCGCUUAAAUUGAAGCAAGAAAUACUUUAUUGUCUUUUUGAUCAAAUCAUACAUUCUGCUGACAAUAUUGACGUUGUUGAGUUAUUCAAGCAUCUCCAUCCAAAGGUGAUGUUAGGUUUGCCAGUGUUGGAAGGAACCAGUCCAGCUUCAUGUUUUCCACGUACUGCUAUUGGUUAUGAAGCUGCUUGUUACAGUCGUAUCUGGAGUGAGGUUUUUGCAGCUGAUAUAUUCACCUCAAAGUUUAGUGGUAAUCCUUCCAACCAGUACGUUGGCAUGCAGUUCAGGAACAAGGUAUUGGGCCCAGGAGGAGCCAAGGAACCUGUUGAACUUCUGUCAGACUUUCUUGGAAGAGAACCAUCAAUUCAAGCUUUUGUUGACAGCAAAGCCGAGUAUAGUUUGUGAUGUAAAUAGCCUCGGUAACUUCUCUCUACUGCAAGACAAAAUUCACUUGGCAUCCUGCAAUUUUGUUGCCAGCAGAAAUUAUAGUUUUUGCGAAGUUAUUAUCAAUCUUUCGUGUUCAAAUUGCUGAUCACAUCUUUCUUGUACUGGUUAUAUUAUCUAUAGCAGCAAUGAAUUCUUAACGGACGUUAGCAGUAAUGAAUCAUUUACAGCUGAGAGUCCUACAUGUUUAGUUGCCAGAAAAAGUUAAAGGAUGUUUUCUUUUGGUUUUGUAUUUAUAUUUUGUAGAUAACCCUUAUGGCUCAGACUGAUACAUUUCACUGCU